AUGCCAAUCGCCGCCCGAUGCUUGCGGCCCACCACCCACGUGCGCUGGCUGUGCAACCCCCGGGCAUGGCGCCCCAUACCCGCCGUCCGCAUUGCCAACACAGCCAGGUCAUACGCUGCUGCGCGUGAAGUGCCCGCCGCCGAACUGAGAUUCGGCCAGCCGCUGCACGAGACGCAUCCACACCUACUCAAGGCUGGGGAAGUGACUCCGGGCAUCACAGCGCUCGAGUACCACCACCGCCGCGCCGCCCUCGCCAGAGACCUCGCUCCCAAUUCCGUCGCCGUACUAGCAGCAAACGACCUGAAAUUCGCUUCGGGCGCCGUCUUUUACAAGUUCCACCAGGACCCAGACUUUUUGUACCUUACGGGCUUCAGGGAGCAAGAUGCCGUGGCCAUAAUAGAGAAGCACGACAACGGCGAGCAUACCUUUCACCUCUAUGUCAGGCCCAAGGAUCCCAGCGUCGAGGCCUGGGAGGGCCCGCGGUCGGGUGUUGAUGCCGCAGAAGAUGUCUUCAACGCCGACGUGAGCGGCAGUAUCGACGACCUUCCUCGUCUGCUCCCCGAGAUUGUGAAGAACGCACAAACAAUCUACACCGACCUCCCCCAAUCCCGCAUCUCCAAAAACCUGCUCUCCCGCUACCUCGCUGGCGCAGAGCCCUCGCGGACAGGCGGCAUAUACAGUGUUUUUCGCGACGCAUCCGCAAAUAUCAAGCCCUUGCGCCCUCUGCUUAAUGAACUCCGCGUCAUAAAGAGCGAGGCAGAAAUUACAAAUAUGCGCCACGCAGGUCAACAUUCAGGGCGCGCAAUCACCGACGCAAUGCGGCAAUCAUUCGCCUCUGAAAAGGACCUCGACUCUUUUCUCGACUACUGGUUCAAGCAGGACAAUUGCGAUGGCCCGGCAUAUGUCCCUGUCGUUGCAGGCGGUAUCAAUGCCAACACAAUUCAUUACGUAGCCAACGACAUGCCCCUCGACCCGAAAGAUCUGGUCUUGGUAGAUGCUGGCGCGCAGUACGGCGGCUACGUAACUGACAUUACGCGCACAUGGCCCGUCUCUGGGAAAUUUAGUCCCGCCCAAAAAGACCUAUACAAUCUGCUUUUGUCAGUACAGAGAACAUGCGUGUCACUCUGUCGCACUUCGUCAAAUUUUACCCUCGACCAAUUGCACCAUACGGCCGCCAACUCCCUCGCUGCGGGCCUCAAAGAUCUCGGCUUCGACAUGAGCCGCGACGCCAUCCAAAUUCUUUUUCCCCACCACGUUGGCCACUACGUCGGUCUCGAUGUGCACGACUGCCCGGGUCUCGGCCGAACUCGGAAAUUCGAAAAGGGCAUGUGUGUAACGGUCGAGCCUGGGAUCUACGUCCCGGAUGAUGAGAGAUGGCCCAAGUGGGCAAGGGGUAUUGGUAUGCGCAUCGAGGACAGUGUCUGCGUGGAUGACGAGAGUCCGUAUGUGCUUACGACGGAGGCGGUCAAGGAAAUUGUAGAUAUCGAGGCAUUGAAGGGGAGUGAGACCAAGAUAUAAAUAGAUUUGUACUAUAACUUAGCACUACUCACAAACAAUAGAUGGC